GGAAGAAAGUACUUAGAGGGACUUGACUCUCCUCUUAGUGAACACCUCUGCUCUGCCAAACCUCUCUCUCUUUGCCCCUCUCUCUUUGUGUGUGACUUGUUUUCCUCUUAGAAUUACCAUGCGUUCCAGUAGAACCAUAUCCACCAGUUAUGGGUCAGGCGGCAGUCUCGCCGGCGGCUACGGCGGCGGUUACAGUGGCAGCCUCGUCGGUGGUUACGGCGGAGGCGGCGGCGGCGGCUCACGUGGCUGGUCCUCCAGAUCUGCAACUACGUACAGGUCAUCGCCAGUGAUGGCCUCCAGCUCCUCGAUACUUAGGUCAAGCAUGGGUGGUGGCGGCGGCGGUGGUGGAGGUUUCGGCAUGGUUUCUGGCGGUGGAGGAGGUUUCUCCAUGAGCUCGAGUGGAUUUGGAUCCGGCGGAGGUUUGAUGAUACCUCCCAUUGCAAACGUCCAGUGCAACACUAGCCUGCUGGCCCCCGUAGACCUAAAGAUAGAUCGCGAAAUCCAGAGCGUGCGUCUACAAGAGAAGGAUCAGAUCAUGAACCUGAACAAUCGCUUUGCAUCCUUCAUUGACAAGGUACGCUUCCUGGAGCAGCAGAACAAAAUGCUGGAAACCAAAUGGCAACUGAUGCAGGAGCAGACCACCUCCCGCUCCAACAUCGACGCCAUGUUCGAGGCUUACAUCGCCAACCUGCGCAGACAGCUGGACGGUUUCGGCAACGAGAAGAUCAAACUGGAGGGAGAGCUGAGGAACAUGCAGGGACUGGUGGAAGACUUCAAGACAAAAUACGAGGAUGAAAUCGGCAAGCGUGCAAAUCUGGAGAAUGAAUUUGUUGUCCUUAAAAAGGAUGUCGAUAUUGCCUACAUGAAAAAGAUUGAUCUUGAGGCACAGAUUGACGGUCUUCAGGAUGAGAUUAACUUCCUCAGGGCGAUCUAUGACAGAGAGCUCGCUGAACUCCAGACCCAGAUCAAGGACACUUCAGUCAUCGUGGAGAUGGACAACAGCCGCAACCUGGACAUGGACUCCAUCAUCGCUGAAGUGAAGGCUCAGUACGAGGACAUCUCCAACCGCAGCCGCGCCGACACGGAGACGUUCUAUCAGCAGAAGUACAAGGAAAUGGAGUCCUCUGCUGGCCAGUACGGGGAUGACCUUCGCAACACCAAGAGCGAGAUCGCAGAACUCACCCGUAUGAUUAGUCGCAUCCAGAACGAGAUCGACGCCAUCAAGGGACAGCGCGCCAACCUGGAGGCUCAGAUCGCAGAGGCCGAGGAGCGCGGCGAGAUGGCGGUGAAGGACGCCAAGUCCCGCAUCAAGGACCUGGAAGACGCCCUGCAGCGAGCCAAGCAGGACAUGGCUCGCCAGAUCCGGGAAUACCAGGAGCUCAUGAACAUCAAGCUGACUCUCGACAUUGAGAUCGCCACCUACAGGAAACUGCUGGAAGGCGAGGAGGAGAGGAUUGGAGCUGGUGGCGGAAAUGCAACAAUCCACAUACAGACCUCAGGAUCCAGCAGCAGCAGCGCCUUUGGUGGCGGCUCAGGAGGAGGAAUGGGCAUGGGCAUGGGCGGAGGAAUGGGCAUGGGCAUGGGUGGAGGAAUGGGCAUGGGCAUGGGUGGAGGAGGAAUGGGCAUGGGUGGAGGAAUGGGCUACAGCAGCAGCGUCAGCGGCGGCUACGGCAUGGGCGGCGGCAGCAUGGGCCGCAUGAGCACCGGCGGCGGCGGCUCCAGCAGCAGCAGCUCCAGGAUGACGUCCAGAACCAGCAUGAGCUCUCGCCGCUGAAAACAGGCCCGAACACCAGGGAGAAAAAAAAACAACAACUCCAUAACCCCAUUAGAUGCAUUUCCUGUCCCGUGUAGUUCUAUAGUCCUUUGUUUUGAGCGCCACACGCUCCCAGAGUCCGAGGUUAGGUUCCACCCAGCAGAGGCAGAGUCAAUAUAAAAACAAAAGCAGUCCUCUCUCGUGCUGGUGACUGUCCGUCACCCGUCUAGUUGCCCCCACUGUCCUGUAGAUGAGAGCACACUUGUAGUACCAGGACAGGAAGUGACCAGCACACGCUAACACUUCAGACAUUCGGAGGUUCCUAAAAUAAAGACGACGGCAAUCUUUCCCGAGCACUGACAUGUUAGCGUGCGUGACGGUCAGACCCAGCACCUCACUAUUUCUGCUACCAAGUCGCCGUCAUUUUGCAUCAAUUCCCGCUUUACUCUGAAUGGAAAAUUAAAACGUUUUGUUCCCGAUCGAGUCUGGAAUAAAGCUGAGUUUCGGUGUC